GAACACAGAGGCUCGUGCGCUGUGCCCAGAAUCUCUCUGGUAUAUUCAACAUAACGACGUCUCCGCACGCUCAAUGUGGGGUCUCAAGCCUUAAAACCAUCUCGUAGCAUCACGGCGGGCUGCCGACAGAAACCACUGCAAAGCAGGUUGGACUCUGCCCCCUGAGAUGUUACUGAGCGGUGAGGGUGGAUCAAAGAAGGAAAUCAUGACGGUGACGAGCUGCAUGCCACCCUCCAAAAACUGCCGGAGUCGCUCCAACUGACACAGAUAUGCCUCGCCUGCCCUCCUGAUUCCUCUUGCCCAACUCUUUAUCUUUCCCCCUGUCCAGUCAAAGUCAGUCCAGCUCUUCCAAGUCUCUGUCCUGUCAGCAUGGCUACACCUUUCCUGUGGAAACUGUCCUCUCAGAAGCUGGGCUUCUUCCUGGUCAGCUUCGGCUUCAUCUGGGGCAUGAUGCUGCUGCAUUUCACCAUCCAGCAGCGAGCCAGCCACGAGAACAGUGCCGUGCUGCGUCAGCAGAUCCUCGACCUUAGCAAGCGCUACAUCAAAGCACUGGCUGAGGAGAACCAAAGUGUCAUGGAUGGUCCGUAUGUUGGAACCAUGACGGCUUACGACCUGAAGAAGACUCUCGCAGUCCUGCUGGAUAACAUCAUGAUGAGGCUGGGCAAGCUAGAGUCCAAGGUGGAGAACAUCUACAAUGGCACAGGGCCCAACCUGAGCAACGGCACCAGCACUAUUACGCCCAGUGCUCCAAACUCAGAGAAAGUAAACGUGGCAGACCUCCUAAACGGAGCCCAGGAGAAGUGCGAGCUGCCGCCUUUGGAUGGUUUCCCUCACUGCGAGGGCAAGCUCAAGUGGAUGAAGGAGAUGUGGCGCUCUGACGGCUGCUACGCCAACUACGGCGUGGAUGGAUCCACCUGCUCCUUCUUCAUCUACCUCAGCGAGGUGGAGAACUGGUGUCCUCGUCUGCCCUGGCGAGCCAAGACCCUGAAUGAAGAAAUGGACCAGAGAGGCCAGGCGGAGAUCCGGACCAGUUUCGAGGAGCUUUACCGGAUGAUGUCACAACGGGAGGAGUUCCGCUGGAUGAUGCUGAGAAUCAAACGCAUGGCCGAGCCGUGGGUCAGCGCCAUCCGCUCGCUGGCUGCAAAGCAGAACCUGGGCAAGCGGCGGAAGAAGAAGGUGGGCAUGACAGAUGAUGAUGUAGUUUGCCGGAGCUUUUGUCCACUCAGGUGCAUGUUGCGGGUGCUGGAUUCAUUUGGGACUGAGCCAGAGUUCAACCACGCUCACUAUGCCCAGUCCAAGGGCCACAAGACGCCCUGGGGGAAGUGGAACCUCAACCCGCAGCAGUUCAACACCAUGUUUCCUCACACCCCAGACAACAGUUUCCUGGGCUUUGUUGUGGAGCAGCACCUCAACGCCAGUGACAUCAAGCACAUCGAUGACGUUAAGAGACAGAAUCAGUCACUAGUCUAUGGCAAGGUGGACAACUUCUGGAAGGACAAGAAGAAGUACCUGGACAUCAUUCACAGCUACAUGGAGGUUCACGGCACAGUACACGGCACCAGCACCGUGCACCUCCCGGGCUACGUUAAGAACCACGGCAUCCUUAGCGGCCGAGACCUUCAAUUCCUCCUGAGAGAAACGAAGCUGUUUGUGGGUCUUUCCUUCCCCUACGAGGGUCCCGCCCCACUGGAGGCCAUUGCCAACGGCUGUGCCUUCCUCAACCCCAAGUUCAACCCUUCGAAGAGCAGCAAGAACACAGACUUCUUCAAGGGCAAACCCACUCUGAGAGAGCUGACCUCUCAGCACCCAUACGCCGAGGUGUACAUCGGUCGGCCCCACGUGUGGACGGUGGAUAUCGAGAAUUCUGCCGAAGUAGAGAGGGCCAUCCGCUCCAUCCUCAGCCAAAAGAUUGAGCCCUACCUGCCCUAUGAGUUCACCUGCGAGGGGAUGCUGCAGAGAGUGAACGCCUUCAUCGAGAACCAGGACUUCUGUCAUGGUCAGGUCAUGUGGCCUCCCCUCAGCGCCCUGCAAGUGAAGCUGGCAGAGCCCGGGCACUCCUGCAAGCAGGUCUGUCAGGAGGAGCAGCUCAUCUGUGAGCCCUCCUUCUUCCAGCACCUUAACAAGGACAAAGACCUGGCCAGGUUUGGCAUGGACUGUCAAACGGUGGAGUCGAGCGCCGACACCGUUGUGCCCGCAUACAGCGAGACUCGCCAUCACUGCAUCUUCCAGUCGGACCUGCUGCUGUUCAGCUGCGCCGGCGCCCACUCGACACUGCAGCGCAUCUGUCCCUGCCGUGACUACAUGAAGGGCCAGGUGGCGCUGUGCAAAGACUGCCUAUAGCAGCAGCACCCAGGCUGACAGAGGGUCAGGAAUCAGAUGGGAUUGCGGUGAUCGGGGAGGGGGCGGUGGUGGGCGGAUGUACAGCAGCUUCAAGGAGUGUGCUUGAGGGAGACGCACAUUCCCGAGCAGUCAUGCAGCUAUCAAACACACAAACCAGACUCCUUUGUGACAACAACAGGACAAAAAGAACAAUCACAGGACUGAGCUCGCUCUUCAUAUUUAUUGUUUUCCUCCGGUAGCUGGAGGAGGAGCACUCCUGCAGCUGACCGGAGCAUCUGCCAACUCUCACCUUCAUCAGCAGGUGGCGCUAUGAGGCCUGGAAGUGGCGUGGAUUUACUUGAAUCAACAAAGGGAGUCGUACGAAGUCGCAGCAGAUGAGGUGGACUGCACAUAUCGGUGACCCUCCACCCCUCCACUCCACCCUUCCGUCCAUCUCACCCCUGCUCUAAUCUGAAACUGUUAUUUUUAGGUAGGUUUGCACUGGACCGGCACCGCUGAAGGCCCACAUCCCCCAGCAUACACACAUACAUAGAAACACACACAAACACAGUGGGCUAUAAUCAGAUUUACACUGUAACCAACCCAUUCAUCUCUUCUGAACAAAAAAGACUAGAUUGGACAAGUAAAAGUAGAAAUCUAGAUUUUUAUCCUGGCAGUUUCGAUCGUUUCCUGACGCAUCCUCACCAGACUCCGUGAUCUUCAUCCCCAUCCCACCCCCACCCUUAAAAGAGAGGAAAUUCAAGACUGUCGUGUUCGGUUUUCAUACAUUUAAGUUGCACACGUGUUUUAAAACGUUGUAAAGAUGAGGGACUGUGUGUGUCUGUGAGUGUUUCUGCAAAAGGCCAGUAGAGAAUUGUAAUUUUUUUUUGUUUGUCUGCCUGUUUUAAGCACACCAUCCGGCACUAGGCACGCACCAAAAUGACAUCGCUCGUUCUCUGUGUUGUGACGUCGAGUCGUAGACGAUAGCCGUCAUCAGUAGCAGCGGUAACACCUUGCAGCAAAAGGCUGGGAAGCCUUACUGUCAACACGUUGUUCCGAAGACUCGGAGAGAAACACAAAAUCCUUACUUACAGGGAUGUUCGUCCAUGUCUUUGUGUAGUAAACUGUUUUUAAAAAAAGACUAAGAAAAAAAAAAGACAAAACACAGAUUCACACUCGUCUCCCAUCUUCCACACGACCGCUGUAAAUCCUUUGCAGCAUACUGUACGCACCACAGACAUGUCAACAAAGAGCUCCGCGGCGGGCGCUACGCCUUGCAUCUCCUCCUUUUCUUUGGAUAAUCGUUAGGAUCUUAAUUUGCCUGUUUAUUUGCUAAAAAAAUAUAAAUAAGGAAAAAAAGAUGAGAUUUGUAUUUCUUGUGGUGAAUGGAAAAAAUGCACUAAGUUAAUCAGAGGUUUAACAUAAUAUUAGUAACACUGUAUAUUGUUCAUAUGAGUUUUAAAGGUUUUCUUUUGUAUUUAUUUUGUAUACAGAUCUUUAUCGCUGUGUUCGGCUGGAAAUCUUUUUCUUUUUUUAUUUAUAGGAUGGGUGUCUUUUCUUUUGUUUCC